AUGCGGUCUAAACUGAUUAUAUUCGCAGCCAUUGGGUUUUCAACUCUUGCCGUAGCCCGAUAUCUACCGGCAGUGGUAAAAGACGAUGGGCAGAAACACCUAUUCAAGAGACAGAUGGAAAACAAUCCAUUUUCGCCUAAACCUAUCGUCAGCCCACAAAUAACUACCAUUAGGAUAACAGACGAGGAAGGGGUCGAAGGUGGUGGGGAUGGAGAAGAAGAAGGGGAUGGCAGCCCUCAGACUCCAAGAUUCUCGGAUCCUGGCAACGAACCUGCUCUUGAGCCUCCGAGUUUUAAAGGAAUUGGCCUGACCCACGCCGUCGAUAACAUUAACCUCGAAGGCUUAGAAAGUGGACCGAAUCUUAUUGAUCCAUAUGCCGAAAUAGAAUUAGAAUCCGAGGUUGAACAGGUCAGACCAGAACGGAUUGAAGAACCUCAGAGAUCAUCUAAUCUCGGCGUUGAGCCCAAUACCGGUGAGCCAGCAUAUGAAUAUGCCUCCUUCAUUUUUGACGAUGACGGUGAUUAUGAGGACCCGAUUGAAAACUCAAAGCCUGCGUGCAAUGCUGGUGGGAACAAGCUCUUUGGUCCUUCUCCUCCUCCUCCUUUUGCUCUCCAACGCCGUCCCGACGAUCUUCCUAAGUAUAACUCGCAAGGAAAACGGAUGGGUUUCAUUCUGAAUGAGGAGAGGUUCGACGAGAAUGGAAAUAUAGUAGCUGUUCCCCCGUAUUGGGGUCCAAUCCAACCGGGCCAUGAAGUCGCAGAGGAGCCCCAGUAUCUUGAUGAAGAUACAGAUCCAGGGCCCUUUGCUAACGACCUGGAGUGUCUCUCAGAACCAGCUGGCGUGGAUAAUCCCGGAAGGGAGUCAGUAAGGUCCGAAGACGAGGAAUUCUACGACGUCGAAGAACCUACCGAGGAGCAAGAACAAAAAAUCAAGGAAGACCUCGAAGCACAGCUCCAAGCUACACUAACAAACCAAGUCGGAGCGCCGGCACGGGGGGGUAACGAAGUCGGUGAAUUUGUGGCUGACAUCGACAACUUGGAUGAUAUCCAAGGCGGAGGAUCGGUUUCGACGGAUCAUAACCCUGGGGUCGGGGAGGACGUCGAAGACUUAGUAGACUUACAGCUGAAGGAUGUUGAAGAGCUGUUUACCGGGCCUGAGACGCUAACCGAUCCUAAGACUGUCGAGGAGCUACCAUCUAAAACUGAGCCGGAAAUUAACCUCUCUAAAAUAGCUAAUCUUGAUCAAUCAUAUUUUCCUAGGAGUGCCUUUCGAUCACGCCAACAGAAAGCCCCAGUCCAACCAGAACGGGAAGAGGAAGAGGAAAAGGCCGACCCUGAAAGCAUACGGGUGCAGGCGCGAUUGAAGGAACUAUACGGGAUCGAACCGAAAAAGAAUGACCGCAAAGAGAGGUCAAAAUCAUCUCUCCGAAAAUUUGGGAGCUUCGUCGCCUCCCUCCCGGGGAAAGGGGUGGAGACUAUUGUCAAAACAGUUACGGGUCGUGGACGGCGUAAUACCCCAGCUACGAUUGCGUCUUCUACAAAUCAGCCUCCAACCUUGACAACCGGAACCCAUCCGAAUACAAAUGUUGUCCAACAAAUUGUUGAAUAUCCUAGUAGCCACAACCAACCAGUAAUUCAGCCAUCCAAACAAGCUGUUGACACAGAAAUAUCAAUGUCGAGCUGGGGGAAGCUGGGAAAAGAUGUAUACGACGCACCAAUGAUAGCCUUUAGUGAUGCGCCUCUCGACGAAGAGGAGAUCCAGGAACUGAUACCGACGUGA